AAAUUACAAGUACCACGACCAUCUGACUAUUUAUCAAGCUUUUUAGGCCUGCUGAAGUCUGAACCAAUCAGAAACCUCAUACUAACCUCUAAUUCUCUCUCAGAUUUCCAUGGCUCCAAGCUUCAACAUAAAGAUUGUUGCUGAAUGCCAAGUCUCUCCACCACCAAACACAACUCCAAUAUCUCUGCCCCUAACUUUUCUCGACAUCCCUUGGCUUUUUUUCUCACCAAAUAAGUCCAUUUUUUUCUACAAAUUCUCAAACUCUACUAAUACCACAACUAUCAUUCCCUUUCUUAAGCACUCUUUGGCCUUGACUCUCCAACAAUUUUCACCCUUUUCGGGAAACAUUUCUACCCCCUCUAAGCCGCAAAUUGUGUACAGCCACGGGGACUCCGUGGCCUUUACUAUUGCAGAAGGGGAAGCUGAUGCAUUUGGUCACCUCUCUAGCAAUCAUCCGAAAGAUGUAUGGAAACUCUUGUCUUUAGUCCCGGACUUAAAUUCAACAGAGUCGAAUAAUAUGAUCAGCAUUCCUUCAUUAGCCGUGCAAAUCACGGUUUUUGGUGACAUUGGAAUGUCUAUUGGGGUGGCCUUUCAGCAUGUAGUUGCGGAUGAAAGAACUUAUAACAUCUUCAUGAAGACAUGGGCUUCAACUUGCAAGUCAUUACAAGAAGAGAAGUUAUCGCUACAUGUUACUAAUUCCCCACCAUCUUUCGAUAGAAAUGUGAUGAUUGAUCCCAAUCAGGAACUCGAAACAGCUCUUCUGAAUCAGUGGCGGAACAGAGUGAUUUCGCGGAAUUGUCAGACUUUUGAUGCCUCUGACAUGGUCCAGUCCACGUUCGUGUUGAGCAUCGAUGAUCUGCAGAGAAUUAAGACAAUAAUCAUCGCGAAAUGCAAGCAAAUGAAUCAGCCACAGCCGAGUCUUCUUUCGGCAUAUGUGUUGGCUUGCUCAUUAGUAUGGGUCUGUUUGAUGGAAUGUCAGGGGAUCACAAGCGCAAAUGUCAGUGAAAAACCGGCUUAUUUUGGAUUUAUUGCAGGCGGGAUUACUCGCCUUGAUUUCACCGUUCCAAGUAAUUAUUUUGGAAAUUGCGUUGCAUUUGGCAGGGCAGGUGCCAUGGAGAGUGAUUUAGUUAGUGAAAACGGGAUAGUUAUGGCAGCAAAAGCAAUCGGAAAAAAGAUCAAAGACUUGGACCAAGAAGUUCUCAGAGAUGCAAAGAGGUGGAUUGCAGAAUGGGAAGAGAUGCUGGAAUCGAAUGUGAAUGUAAUUGUUGUGGGAUCACCAAAAGUGGAUCUAUAUGACAUGGAUUUCGGAUUGGGAAAGCCUAACAAGAUCGAAAAGAUUUCGGUCGAUAGAGGAACUUCUAUUUGUUUGACAGAGAGUAGAGACUUAAAAGGAGGAAUGGAAGUUGGGAUUGCUCUCUCCAGGGCCAGUAUGAGUAAAUUUAGUUCUCUGUUUGAUGUCUUGAAGCUUCAAUUACAUUAAAAGCUUGGAUAGAUUCUUUCCGCAUUCAUUUAAGAAAUGUCAAGCUAUCUCAGCCAAUUUCUGUCAUGAUCUCGAAAGUGUGGUGUGUAAUAAAAGUAAUGUGCUUAUAUCAGGUUAUAAGCACAAUAUGAUAAGAUAUCAUCUACAUGUUUCAUUCGUCAGUUUUAUAUAUCCGGGCUUAUAAAUACGUAACUAGUUCAACAA